CCCUCGUCUUGUUCCCGACCCAACGCGCCGCCGCCAAGGGAACCCCUCGCGUUGCGAUGUCGUCAACGGAGAUGCAGAUGCGAUUCUGCCGGGGAUCAGGGGAAACAGUGGAUUCGUUUCACGCCUCCCGCUACCCCAGCCCUUCCACGGAGGAUCCGGCUUGCCUGCUCCCUCGCCGUGCUCCCACUCCAUCCUACGCUUCCACGGAGGACCUAGGGGAUCUCCAUGAUUCGCUGGAGGAGGUGGAUGUAGUCGAACUCGACCCCCAUGACCAGCCGGCGCGCAUGGUCGCAGAUCCUGGUCAGAUUGCCUGGCAUGCCCUGGACCUCAAGUUCCCACGCGAGGAGAGCGAAUCAGACUGGAGCGACUGGAGCGAGGGCGAUGGCCGACUGAUUGACGGGGAGGAGAAAGAUUGCCCAGGGAAUGAAGUAGUCGAUAGCGAUGAUGAUGAUGAUGACGACGACGACGACAACUGCAAUGUUCAAGUCGUUUACGAGGACAAAAGCCCAAACACGAAGAUAAUCUGCCCAGGAAAGCUCUAUCCUGAGAGCGAAGCAGAGGAAAUUGAGCUGGAAUGGAUUGAGAGCUACUGCAAGCAGAUGGGAGAAUACUCGGAACUGUUUGAUGACAUUCUGGCCCGGGAGGACCACGACGAUUUUACUACUUUGCCUCCUUUUCCUAUGAAACUGCUCCCUCCCACAACAUCUCUAUGCUUCAUGGAUGGCGGGUACUGCUACCACAGUCUUUACAAGACCCAUGAUACUUCUACCACUGCAUCAACUCUUGGAUAUCGCACACCGCAACAGAUGCUACAGUUCUUUUCGAUGCGUUUAUCAAGCUCUGGGCUCUCCUAUCCCAUUAGUGUGUAUGGAAUACUUGCUGUUCGCGACGACUUGGACCAGCGACGGAAUUAUCUCUUUAACUGUCCUAGAGAUACUGCUGUAGAGAUUGUGAAUCAGGAAUCCUUUGACUUGCCUCUUUGUAGCCCGUGUCGAGGAAUAUAUGUACUGGACGAGGCACUACUAGAAGUUGAUCUCUGGGUAAAGAAGGAAGGGAAUGGAUCAGCUGACAAGCAUAUACUUUCUGCAUAUGCUGAGAUUGAAGUCCGUGCAAAUUUUGAUAUUAUGCUGGGUGGUCGGAUUCCUGGUGUUGAUUGCAACUUGGACCUGACAUACAUGAUCAUUGCACGAAGUAUUGAGGCGGUAGUACAAGUCUAUGCAGAGGUUGACCAUCCUCAUCACGUGAAGUUCACUGCUUUAAGCACUGGCUAUGACGAUGAGAUUGUGCUGUUUGAUGACAAGAUAUCUGGGAGUGUGAAACUGUUCCAACAUAUUGUCGCGGUUAAGAGAAAUGAAAAUUUGGAUGUUCUUCUAAGAGUCGAUGAAUCGCUGUUUCAGUGGACUUUUCAUGAUGAGUAUGUUGGACCCGUCAGUUCUCCCGAUGACUCAAUCCUUCAGUAUGGCCAGUUUUUUGUGAGGGUGCUUUUUGCUCCAAAGAACUCUGCAUGAAGCCCACCGCCGGCCUCCUGCAAACUGCGAUUAAGUGAAGACUCAGUUCUUCAGCUUGGCCAGUUUCUUGUGAGGCUGCUCCAAAGAACUCCACAUGAAGACCAUCGCCGGCAUCCUGACAAACUGCGGUUUAAGUGAAGGGCUGAAGGUGUCCUGUGCCUUCUACUUAGUAUAGCAUUAUAGUCCAGUGUGUUAAGCUGAACCGCUGUAAACCUCAACAUGCUCAAUGCGUGCAUAUUCUCUGCCUGCCUGCUAUGUGUUUUUGACUUGUAUCAUCCAGUGGUCGUGAUGCUGUCUUUGAAACCUUGGCAUGCACAAUUUGCCAAUUUGGUCAGCACAAAGCGCGUUUUGAUGUUGGUAUGAGACAGGCAAAGUGAAGGCUGAAGGUGUCCUAUGCUGUUCUA